GAUCAAUCCUCAUCAGGGGCCGCGGCUCCAUCGCCCCGACAGCGCGGGCCGCCGGCAAGGCGCUCCGGCCUCGCCUCUGCGCGGGGAAGAAAUCUGCCUGUGUCUCGAUCCUCGUUGUCAUUUUGAUUUUUUUUUUCUCCUUCGUUUUUAUUUUUCUCUCACUUCACCUGCUAUCUCUCGAGGACCUCGUGGCGGUGACGGCAGGACUGAACGAAAAAAACUCCUUUCACGCCGACUUUGUGCUCCGUUUUUAAAUUGUCGUUGGCUUUUUUUUUUUUUUCUUUUUGCCUCUUAUUUGGGGAUUUUUUCGGGGGCUCUUUUUGUCAGUUUUUUUUUUCCUUUCAUUUCCCCCUUCCCCACCCCAUACAUUCGAUUUGAUUUUGAUUUUUUUUUUCCUGCCGGACUUUGGAGGAAAACUGCCCGGCUUCUAGCAUGAUGUCUUACCUCAAACAGCCCCCUUACGGCAUGAAUGGGCUGGGGCUGACGGGCCCCGCCAUGGACCUGCUGCAUCCCUCCGUGGGGUAUCCGGCCACCCCGCGGAAGCAGCGGCGGGAGCGCACCACCUUCACCCGCUCACAGCUGGACGUGCUGGAGGCGCUCUUCGCCAAGACCCGCUACCCGGACAUCUUCAUGCGGGAGGAGGUCGCCCUGAAGAUCAACCUGCCCGAAUCCCGAGUCCAGGUCUGGUUCAAGAACCGCCGCGCCAAGUGCCGGCAGCAGCAGCAGAGCGGCGGCGGGGCCAAGAGCCGCCCGGCCAAGAAGAAAUCCUCGCCCGCUCGGGAGAGCUCGGGCUCGGAGAGCAGCGGGCAGUUCACGCCGCCGGCAGCGGCCUCCAGCUCCGCUUCGUCUUCCUCCUCCAGCUCGGCCUCCUCAGCCCCGGUGGGCGCCCCGGCCUCCCUCAGCACCCCGGCGUCAUCCAUCUGGAGCCCGGCUUCCAUCUCUCCCGGCGCGGCGCCCGCUGGGGUGACGGUGCCCGAGCCGCUGCCGCCGGCCGCCGCCUCCUGCAUGCAGCGGGCCGGCCCCGCCGCCUCGGCCGCCUCCGCCUCCUACCCCGUGUCCUACAGCCAGGGCGGGGGCUACGGCCAGGGCUACCCCGCGCCGCCCUCCUCGUCCUACUUCGGGGGCGUGGAUUGCAGCUCCUACCUGGCGCCCAUGCACUCCCACCACCACCCGCACCAGCUCAGCCCCAUGGGGCCCUCCUCGGUGCCGGGCCACCACCACCACCACCCGCUGAGCCAGAGCUCGGGCCACCACCACCAUCACCACCACCACCACCACCACCAAGGCUACGGCGGCGCAGCGCUGCCUUUCAACUCCUCCGACUGCCUGGACUACAAGGAGCCCGCCGCUGCCGCCGCUGCCUCCUGGAAGCUCAACUUCAACUCCCCCGACUGCCUUGACUACAAGGACCAGGCGUCCUGGCGCUUCCAGGUCUUGUGAGGGACCGGUCACCAUCCCCCCAAGCUGCCACUGACCCCCACCCGGGGGCUCCCCACCGCCUCCUGGGCAGGACUCUGGGCUCUUCCUCCUCCUCCUCCUCCCUCUUCGUUAGCAGUGGCGAUGUCCUGGGGAGGUCCUGCCGCCCCCAUCUCUACUGACUGAUAUUUAUUUGCUUCCUGCACCACUCCACCAAGUUUAUUAUAAUUAUUAUUUUUUUAAACGCAACAGAAGAGGAGUUAAAAAAAAAAAAA